AUGUCUGACAAUGCUGAAACGACCCAAACCUUCUCUUCCAACCCCUCUUCAGAAUCCCGACACGAGUUCAACCAAGAUUCAGUCUCCCAGUGUCUCAAACUCGUCGAUGACUAUCGAAAGGGAACCAUCGAGAAGGGAACAGCCUUAUUGGAGAUUCAGAUCGUUCUCCAAGCCGCCAUCAGUCAAUCAGAUGUACUCACCCAACUCGACUUCAAACCGGGGUUCAUCCAUUUCCUUGAGUUACUCGACCACGCCUCAGAUGAGUCCUCGUCCGUCAGAGGAGCUAUCAAUAACGGGAAUGAACCCCGCAAUGAGCCUUCAAUCCAUUCACGACAAGGCUCGGUGGAGUCGGGAACUUCUAAAGAGAAAAACUUGCGAAAGAGAUUGCGCAGACGAGAUCUAUCCGAAGAGGAUGAAAGUAGUGAGUCAGGGAACGAGCAUGAGUACGUAUUGCGAGGGAAGAGACGGAAACUUACUACCGAACGAGCCUGUUUUUAUCCCUGGCUCGAACCCACGCUCUACCGUCACGUCUCAAGCAAACGAGCUGAAGAGCUCACCCUUGGCUGCUACGAGGAAUGGACCGAAGAAACCAAGUAUUACAGAGGGCAGGUCACUGCUACACCCGGAUGUCCUAGCUUCCCGUUGUCACAGUGGACCCUCUUACUUGAAGGACGCGCCCCAGACCUUGAAAAGGUGUUGUCCGGCCAUUACUCCACCAUCAUUGACCCCAAGCAAUCCCAAUCCCUCAGGAAAGGGUUUGAAAUCACCGUGUCUCAACCGACCACCACACACAAAGUUAAAACCUACGGCGAUUGGAGUAUUGCCACGGACUUAUGGAUCGAGGCACUUACUUUCAUCAUGCCGUGGAAGGAAGUUGAAUUACGAGGAUACAAGCGCUACCUCUCCAGCCUAUUCAUUGACGUGCACUACGCCCUUCACACCAGAAUCCUUGAUUUCGACAAAGCCUGUCGGCUUAAAAUUGAAGGACGAAAAUAUCUCCGCUUCGACGACAUUACUGAGUUCCGACGUCUCGAAGUCUCUCACUUAUCCUCCCUCGGAAUGGUCGCCUACGCCGACCUUCACCAACUCAGUGCCGGGUCAGGGGAAAAGGCCGUCUCGAAGGGAUCUGGUUUCGGGAAGAAAGGGAGGUCAGAUCAGUCAAGUCGAGGAGAAGCAUGUCAUAACUGGAACCGAGGGGCUUGCGACAAAUCGUCAGCCGAUUGUCCCCGCUUCCACGUUUGCAGUAGAUGUCGAGGAGGGCAUCAGCGGGGAUACUGCUCAAUGGCAAAGGCGGCUAAAUGA